GGGCGGCCGCACCGCAUGCGCAGGAGGGCAGGUGUCGCCGGCAGCCGAGGGCCGCCGGGAGCAUCGCGGCAGCCCCGCGUCCUCAUGGUGCUGUGUCAGGGCGGAGAGGGCGACGCUGCUCCGGCAGCGGGCGGGCAGGAGCCGGUGGUGCCGCCGGGCCGGGAGGAUGGGCCGGGUGCGGAGCAGCCGCGCCUGUGCCCCGCGCCCGGCGUCGAGGCGGCGGGCGCCGAGGAGCGCCGCGCCUGUGGCUGCUGCUCGGGCAUGUCGUGGCCCUUCUGCUGCGAGGCACCCGGGGCAAAGAAGAAAGCUGCGUGCCCAGGACUUGGUCUGUUUUACACCAUACUGUCUGCCUUCCUUUUCUCAGUGGCCUCUUUAUUCCUUAAAAAAAUAGAAGAUGUACAUUCAGUGGAAGUGAGUGCAUUUCGAUGUGUUUUCCAAAUGGCAUUUGUUCUUCCUGGUUUAAUAUACUACAAAACAGGGUUUUUGGGACCAAAAGGUAAAAGAAUUUUUCUUUUCUUCCGAGGAUUCCUUGGCUCUACUGCAAUGGUUCUUCUCUACUACGCUUACCAAGUCAUGCCACUAGCUGAUGCCACUGUUAUAACUUUCACCAGUCCUGUUUUCACAUCGUUGCUGGCAUGGAUCUUUCUCAAAGAGAAAUACAGCCUUUGGGAUCUCCUGUUUACUCUCUUUGCAGUCACUGGAGUGAUUCUUAUUGCCAGACCACCGUUUCUGUUUGGCUCCCGUGUUACGGGCAUUGAAGGCAGUUACUCAGAUCACCUUAAAGGAACUAUAGCAGCAAUUGCAAGCACAGUAUCAGCAGCUUCCACUAUUGUUAUACUAAGGAAGGUGGGAAAAUCUGUGCACUAUUUUUUGUCAAUCUGGUAUUACGCAGUCAUUGGGUUAAUUGGAUGUGUUAUAGCAUUGUUUGUUUUGAAUGAAUGGCGUUUACCACACUGUGGCAGAGACAGGGUUUUUCUGAUAUUAAUAGGUGUGUUAGGGUUGGGGGGUCAGAUAUUUCUCACAAAAGCAUUACAGAUAGAGAAAGCUGGACCUGUAUCAAUAAUGAGAACAAUGGAUGUGGUGUUUGCUUUCAUUUUACAAGUUCUUUUUCUCAAUCAUCUACCAACUUGGUGGACUGUGGGUGGUGCCCUUUGUGUAGUAGCCAGUAGUUCAGGAACAGCCAUCCGUAAGUGGAGACACAGUGUGAAAAAAGCUAAAGAGGGGGAAAUCUAACAAUACAAACACAAAUUCAUUGCAGAAACAAGCAACCUUGAAAGAUAUAUAAAUACAAUAUUUAUUUUUAUUUAUUUUGAAUAUCCUGUUUACUAAAUUGUAGUACCAAAUUCUAUCCAGUAAAAUAACUUGACUUUUUUUUUUAACCAGAAUUGAAGAUAUUUUAGCAAUUGAUGAGGUAUAUACUUUCCUUUCUUAUAUUUAGGCGUGUUAAUAUGGGCAGUAGAAAGAUACUUAAAAGUUGUUGCUUUCUUUCAAAAGUGGACUAUAUUUAUUUUCCUAAAGUUCCUGACUCUUCACUUAGACUCUUUCUUUAUUUUUCAGAGCGGUGGAAAUAAGUCUCCCAAACGUAAUACUGUUCUGUGCUUGAUUACCACAGGGAUUGCAGUACAAAAGUUAGAAGGGAAUGAAGAGCUGAUAAUCCUUAAACAACCAGCUUUUAUAGACUAGAUAAAGCUUGUACUUCUAUAAGCUUUCUAAUUAUUAUUUUGCAAAAAACAGAUGCCAAAUGCGGAUUUAAUUUGAAUUUGAAUUCUAAAAGAACAAAAGCCAUUUCAUUUUUCCAAGUAAUGUCAAGAGAAAAUUAACUCGUGAAAAUUGCCUAUCAGCUUUGGUUUUUUAAAAAAAGGAUUUCAAAUGUUUGCACUUACUUCUCAUAGUGAAACAACAUAAUCACCCUUUUUUUUCAAAAGUGAUUUUCCCUAUAAACAUGUCUUUAGUUGCUGCAGUCUCAGUGAUGAGAGACAACAGUUAAUUCUAUACCACACAUAAAUUAGCUCUUCUGGUGUGGAAUGCUGCGCUGUAGCUGCACUUUUCUUUAUUCUAUGCAAAAGAUUAUAUUUUUUAGGUAUUUAUAUAGGUUAUAUUUAAUGCUGCUUACGUCCCUUUUUAGAUUCUUCUAUACAAAAGUUCUUUAUGAGACCAGGUUUGAGUCUCCUUUGCCUUCAUAAACUUAGGAGGUUUUACAUUAAAGCUUUUGCCUGUUUCCUAAGAAUGUACAAGAGCACAAUGUAAUUGUAGUUUCACAGAAAAUGGAGGUUGGCCAAGGUCAUACAGAGAUUCUGCAGAAGAGGUUUGAGGAAAGCUUGGUGGAGGGUGAUGCUAGGAGUACACAUCACAUUCAGGCAUCCACACUGCAUCAGACAGUGCUAGUGGGCAACUUCAGUCCCACUUCACACUGGCUCUUUUAAGUCCGUAUUUAUCACUUCUCUUGCAUAUCUUCUCACUUUUGUAGGCUUUAUCUUGAAUGCAACAAACACUAAAGAAAAAUACUUUUAUUACUGACUUUGGUGUUCUUCACAUUUCAGGUGGACUAAAUAUUUAGUAUCAGGAAGUGGGAUUUUCCCAAGCUGAACAUUACAUACUUCUGGGUCUUGUCUCAGUAAAGUUCAAAGAAAAGUUUAACUUAAAUCUUUAUUUGGUCCUUUGUAUCAUGAGGAGGUUUUCAGACUUACGAGGAGGUCACUUGCUCACCUAUCAUGUAGUACAGUUACCCAGCUGUUUGCUGGACAUUUUGUUCUGAGGGAAUCUGUGACAGUAUCAAAAGCUCUGCUGAAGUCCAGAAAGAUUACAAGUCCUGGCUUUCCUAGAUUGACUAGGUGGGCUACCCUGUAGCAGGAGGAAAUCAGCUUUGACAAUCAAUACUUGCCAUUGAUGAAGCGGUGCUGGCUGGGACCAAUGAUUGAGCUGUCCUCUAGGUGUUUAUCAUUACCUCACAGAAAAACCUUUUCCAUGUAUCUGGAUGUGAGGAGCUGUCUUUGUCCAAGUUUCUGUAGAUAAAACCUGCACCCUGAAUCUGAAUGUGUUUAUGGAUAUGAGAAAAUUUUCAUCCACCACUUCAGUGGUAGAAUUUGUUCAGCUGUCUGUUCUCUGCUUUUCCUGAAUGAUGAAGCUCAGCUACUGCUGAAAAGGUCAGGAAACUGCUUUACUAUCUCUUAAAAGCCUCACAUAAUAAUAAAAUUCCAGUUUGGCACACUUUUUACUUAAUACUUGAAACUGUGAACUGGGAUUGAUUUUCUGCUGCUUAACCAUUACUGCCAUUGAGGAACAGCUUUCAGGGGAGGGAAGGAAAACAGACUGCAUUUUUUACUGCUUCACUUCAUGUGUAAUAUGCAUGAGUUUGAAUUGCAAAUUAAUAAAGGUGUGGUUCCAAAGCAGUUCAGAUUGAUGCAAACUUGGAUUGUCAGCUAGCCCUGCUCUCUCCUCGUGGCUCAAUGCUUAUGUGGUUAUGUGAUGAGCUACCCCUGGGAGCUGAUCCAGUACAUAUCUUUUUAAGGUUGAUGGAGAGGGCAAAACCAGAGUAGCCUUAACCUGAUGACAGUAUAAAAACAUUAGGAAGUAGAAUUAGUUGAGAGUUUGAAUUACAGCACAUGAAUGAUGCUUUGUCAGUACAGAAUACAAAUUGUAUGGAAGCUUACAUUGAAAACCAUCUUUAGUUCGUAUGAUUUCAAUGAAUCUUGUUUACACUUAGUGGAGAAGAACAGGUUAGUGAAGAAAGUAUUGUCUUCUUGCCCUUAACACAUAAGUAAAUGUAGAAAAUAUGCUACAUGAUGAGAAACCAACAUCUAGGUAUAUGUUUCUUGUGCCAAAACCCCCAGAUGAUUGAUUUUUUUUCUUUGUUCAAACAUACAGGGUUUCCUUAUGGCUUCAUCUGCUUAUUUCCUCUUGCUGUUCAUAAACCUUGCUAAAUAUUUAAGUUGUUAAAAUAAUAGUGUAAACCAGAUCCUGUGUUGGAGGAUGUAUGUUUUGGAACAUUGUUUUGAUUGAUCUUUUAGGGAACUGUUUAACUGGAAUGAGAAUGAAGAGCUUGACUAGGACUUCUCUAUCCAUAAAGCAUGACGAGCUAGUUUCUCUAAUUGGUUUUUCUAAAGAUGUUGGGUAUGAAAGACAUUUAAGCUUUAAGUUCCUCAGCCACCUCAGUUUAAAUUUUCUUUUUCCUCUCAAAUUUAAGCUGAAAACCUAAAUAUUAGUUGCAAGACUUAAAGAUAAUGAAACUACAAAAGUGUGGAUACCAUGAAAUGCUGGAGUUUUUUUACUGAAAAUAUUUCUUAAAAUUUCUGUCAGGAUGAUAUAACUUUUCUUCAAAGCAUAACAGCUUGAGAAUCUGAAAUGAAUCUGGCUGAGCCUCGAUUCUUUUAGAUUCUGAUAUUUUUUAGCUUUUUAAUACAGCAAGUUUCUCAGGGUCAAAAGUUAUUUUUCUCAGCUUUGAGUCAGAAAUAUAUUGAUGUUCAUUGUCUGUAAUGUCCUGUUGUAAUCUUUACUUUAAAGUUGGAUAAAUAUACUAUUCUAAUAGAAACUCCUUCCUAUGUAAUAUGAUGGAAUAUUGUAGCAUUGCAAUUGCUUUGUUAUAAUGUAAAGUUUCCCUUGAGUUUCAAUAUAGUCAUUCAGUGUUCUGAUUUCAGUGGAUUCUGAAUAGAAAGAGUAAUAAUUACUGGUUAUUUUGCACAGAAGCAUAGGGAUAAGAAGAUUUAGUUGUUACUGAUGCAUCAUAGUUUUGGUUCGUAUAUUCUUUACUAUGCAAGACACUAAUUGCUGGUGGUCUUCAGUGAGACUUUGUAGCCUUAAAGCCUUAUGUGUCCAACUCUUCUGUAGAAAACUGCUGGUUUUGUACUGUCAUUGUGCAGCAGCCAAUUUCGUUCAGGUUAAGUUGAUUGUUUAAAGUAUGCUCUAAAAGUUCUUUAAAUAAGGGCUUUUAAAUAAAUCUACACCAAGAAUUUGACAAGCUCAUUGUGUAGACAAAGGUGGUCUGUAUAAUUAAAAUGGCAUUUGUCUAACACCAGGUAUAAAGUAACUUCAACAGCAUUGCUGAUAUUACUAGUUAAAUGUGUACUUUUUAUUCUGGAAACAGAUUCCCAAUUCCAAAAAGUUCAAGAUGGUGCUUCUCAUAAUUAGUAAUGACAGAAUGGAUUGUACUUCCCUUGAUCAUAAUAUAAAAUAAAUAACUACUCCCAUGGUAUUUUCUCAUCCUUGCGCUUCUGUUUAAGAGCUGUCUGUUGCAAGGUUUAUUUCUAGGGAGGCAGCCUCUUUCAGAGUUAUUUCCUUGCUAACUAGCAGCAGUUACCCAGGAAGAGUCUGGUUUUCAGUUCUCUAACCAUGGGUACCAUUGCAGGCUCACCUGUGGCAUCAGCCCCACAGGGGCAAUAAAAACAUUGUCCGUGCACGGAUUCAGUGUUGGCAGUGCUGCAGCUGUGAACACUGACUCCAGCAGGACCUUGCAGCUACCAGCAGAAUGCCUUUGGGGUCAUAACUGCCUGUCCAUCCAAAGACAAGUUGUGGCUUUAUGUUCCUGCACAUGCAGGUGACUUCUGAGGGGAGCACACAUAGAGUUCUAUGGUGAUAACUUCUGUGUAUCAGAAUGAGUAGUUUCUUAUGUUAUGUGAAUUAUUGUUUGACAAAAAGGGGGUAAAAAUACCCUCAGCAGUAAUUAAAGGGUUUUUGCUAUGUCCUAUAUAUUGUUAAAUACAUGUUGAAUUAUAUGUUUUGUAGAAGUUACUGGCUUUGUUACUUAGUAGUAUAUUUUUAUAGACAAUUCUUAUAUAUUGAAAUGUUAAGAAUAUUUUCAUAAGAGAUUUAUAUUCCUCAUUGCUAAUAAAAUGAUCCUGAUGAAUUAA